AUGGGGUGCACCUUAUCCAGCGCAAACGUCAAUCCAGAUUCAGCAGUCACUGAAGAGAAGAGGAGCCCGUCACCGGAAGGUGCACUGGGUUUGAAAACGGAUCCGGAGUGCAGGGGCGGUGAGGAGCCAAAAGAACCCUUCCUGCUUUCGGAGGAUCAGAAGGAGCUGAUUCGGGCCUCCUGGGAAAUCCUGCACAAAGACAUUGCCAGAGUGGGAGUGAUCGUCUUCAUCAGACUCUUUGAGACCCACCCAGAAUGCCAGGACGCUUUUUUCCUCUUCCGUGACGUUGGCGAUUUCCAGCAACUGAAGAUGAGCAAAGAGCUUCAGGCUCACGGCCUCAGGGUGAUGUCUUUCAUCGAGAAGAGUGUGGGGCGGCUGGACCAGACGGACAAGCUGGAACAUCUGGCCUUUGAGCUGGGCAGGAGUCACUGCCGAUAUCAAGCGCCCCCCAAGUACUAUGAGUACAUUGGGGCACAGUUCAUCCAAGCUGUCCAGCCUAUUCUGAAAGAAGAAUGGACCCUGGAGGUUGAGAAGGCCUGGGAAAGCCUGUUCACAUAUCUGGCCGCCACAAUGAGAAGAGGAUUUUACACUGAAGAAAAGAUGGUGGCCAGCCAGCCUCUUCACUCAGGGAAGGCUGGGCUCGAAUCCACCCCGGGCAGAAUCUAG